AGAGAGAUGGAUUUCGUCACAUUCAUGGAGCCACCGAGUCGGGAAAUGGAGACGACCUUGUUUGAAAAGGCCAUGUUAGGGAAAUGGGAUGAGGUCGUCAAUAUAUGUAUGGAAAAUCCAUUGGCUCUAGUCUCCAGCAUCACCAGGUUGCAGGACACAGCAUUACACCUAGCUGUCUCCGACGGCCAAGAACAGACGGUCCGGAAACUGACAGAGAUCAUUUCGGAGCAACCAAAUCCAGAAAUGGUUCUUGGAGUUGCAAACAAGAGAGGUAACACUCCUCUCCAUUUUGCUGCAUUGAUGGGGAAUGUGGCCAUGUGUAAGCGCAUAGCAGUGGUUGAUACUUCAUUGAUUGCUCUUCGAAAUCAUGAGGGAGAGACUCCUCUUUUCAUGGCUGUUCUCUUUGGUAAAAGAGAAGCUUUCCAAUGUCUUGCCCAGAUGCUUACGUUGGAUGAGGUCUAUAGUUGCUCCAGGAGGAAGAAUGGUGACACAAUCCUUCACAGCGCCAUUUCAGGAGACCAUUUUGAUUUGGCAUUGCACAUAAUUAAAUUGUUUGGAGAAGUACUGGUAAACGCAGUCAAUGAGGAAGGAAUCGCUCCUCUCCAUCUACUAGCCGAAAAGCCUUCAGCUUUCCCAAGCGGGAGCCGCCUUGGAUUUUUCAAGAGAAUCAUUUAUUAUUGUAUGUAUCACCAAAUAUUCAAAGCCACCAAUGAAACAGCUUGGAGGUUUCAAAUUUUUCGGGCUAAUUAUAAUGGCCUUUGCUACAAAUUUUUCAAGCUUGCAAACAGGAUGAUGCUGAUCUUUCUUGCUCUAGGACUUCCCACGAUAAGAAAGAUAUAUGAAGAGAAACAGCAGCACACAUUAUCGAUUCAGAUCAUGAACGAACUUCUAAAGGGUGUUAACAUGUACGAAUAUUAUCACGCUGGCACAAAGCCCUCGCAACCUUUGGAUACACUAGCCGGAGAAGAUGAGGACGAAUCAAAUCCAUAUUCAAGUGUCUUGAGCGGUAUUAAUGGUGAUUCUUUUGAAGCUGAGAAUAGAGAGGAUGUGGAAGGAAGCAGUGAAAUGGGAAGAAAUCUUGAAGGUAGCGACGGCCAGCAAAACAGUCGUACCGGAGUGGGGAAAAAAGCUUCGCUUGAGGAUGGGAAGGAAAUGAAUGCGGAAAUGGAAAAGGAGACUGCUAUAUUAAUUGCUGCUAGAAAUGGCAUUGCCGAAAUGGUGGAGAAAAUUCUAGAAUUGCUUCCGGUUGCCAUACAUGACGUGAACGCAGAGAACAAAAAUGUAGUGUUGGUGGCGGUGGAGAACACAACCCAUAUAUAUCGACUCUUGUUACGAAGAAAUAUCCUGAUCAGAGAUAGUGUGUUCCGGGUAGUGGAUAACGACGGGAAUAGUGCCUUUCAUCUCGCGGCCAAACUUGGAGCCUAUAAGCCUUGGCUAAUUCCCGGCGAAGCCUUGCAAAUGCAAUGGGAAAUGAAGUGGUAUGAGUUUGUUACCGACUCAAUUCCCUCCAACUUUGUGCCCCGCUACAACAAGAAGGGCAAGACCCCGGAGGAGGUGUUCAUCAAAACUCACAAGCGCCUCGUCAAGAAAGGUGCGGAGUGGCUAACUAGCACCUCCCAGUCCUACUCCGUCGUCGCAGCACUCAUAGCCACUGUGGCCUUCGCCACCUCCACCACAGUUCCCGGAGGUGUACAGGAGGGGACGGGCACUCCAACGUUGGAAAACAAACCUGCAUUCCACCUUUUUGCAAUCUCAUCGCUCGUUACGCUCUGCUUCUCGGUCACGGCCUUGGUCAUGUUCCUCUCCAUCCUAACAUCACGGCACCAAGAGAGAGAUUUUGGGAAGGACUUGCCGAGGAAGCUCUUGAUAGGUCUGACAUCGUUGUUCAUUUCGAUAGCUUCGGUGCUGAUUUCAUUCUGCUCGGGACAUUUCUUUGUGGUACAAAAUGAACUAAGAUAUGUGGCAUUUGCAGUGUAUGCAGCAACGUGCCUACCAGUAACUUUUUUCGCUGCAGUGCAGUUUCCGCUAUAUUUUGAUCUUAUACAUGCUACCGUUACGAAGGUGCCACGACGAAGCUACAAGCCAACUCUCUAAUGUCCCUUUUUAUCCAUUUUUCCCCCUUAUCUUCUC